AUGGCGGAAGAACUCCCUAGCCCGCCCUUCCAUACUAUUCCGGGCUUACCGAACUUCCGCGACAUCGGAGGCUACCCAGUCAGUUGCUCAGACAUGACCUCGGACUCCGGCCUGUCUCAGGAUGGCUCAAAUACGAGAGUUGUUCGCCGUGGUCUAGUUUACCGCUCAUCGGAACCUUCUAAGGUCACCGAAGACGGCGUAUCAAAGCUGCAAAGUCUGGGCAUUAGUAAGGUCUUUGACCUACGUUCAGCCGCUGAGAUCAAGUAUGGAUUUCACGGCAAUGACAGCGGGUGGAAGGUGAAAGAGUGGGAUGGCGCUCGCCGCGAAUUUGUUCCCGUCUUCCUCGAUCAGGACUUCUCACCUGAGGCAUUAGCCUUGAGAUACAAAAAUUACUCCUCCGAGAGUGCACAGGGCUUCGUGGUAGCGUAUAGUGACAUCCUUGCAGCGGCGGCCUCUCCAAGCAACGACUACCAGCCGUUCAAGACAAUCCUGGAAUAUUUAGCCUCAUCUUUGCCCUCGUCGCCUGCACCCUGCCUUAUCCAUUGCACCGCUGGCAAGGAUAGGACCGGAGUGAUCUGCGCGCUGAUCCUAAGCUUAUGUGGCGUAAUUGACGAGGUCGUUGCACACGAGUAUAGCCUAACGAACCUAGGGUUGAAGGAGCGCCACGCCGAGCUUAUCGCGCAUUUGAUGAAUAACCCGUCGUUACAAAACGACCCUCUAUCUGCCCAAAGGAUGAUUUCGUCCCAAAAAGAGGCUAUGUUGGGAACGCUAGCCAAGAUUCGUGAAAUCCACGGCACUGUCGAGAAGUGCGUUGUUAACUUGGGGUUACUCUCAGCCGAGGGUGUUAAGCAGCUGCGAAGCAACCUCGUCAACGAGGCGAACGAGGGGAUUGUGCCAUGGCAGAAUCAUGCUAAGUUAUUGCUAUAG